CAUUUCCGAAGCGGCCAGACUGGGAUAAAAAAUUGCGGACUGCGCCUUUGGACAAAAAUAGAAAGAAACCGAGAGGAUAUUUGAGAGGAAAGAGCACGUUUUCCUGACUGCUGCGUCAACGUAUGGUGUUUUAUGUAUGUCUUCUGUCUCUAUGAUAAUAACAGCCGCUCCGGCCUCUGUGACUUCAUCAGUGCAUGCCGAUGGGGUCCUGAGCCGGGGAGUCCAGUGGCCUGCAGGGUGCCCACCCCAUUGCCCGAUGGAACAGGUGCCCAGCACUUCGGGGCCCAAACAGCCUCGGGGCCAGGAGCAGAAGCGGCGCCCCUGACGCGGCGUUCCUUUAACGAUGCGGUGUCCCGGGAACGGCAGAGGGUUUUGGAACGUCGCACGAGGACUCGGAGAGAGGUGCGGAGCCGCUCUUUCUCACUGAGAGCGCCACCUGCUGUUUGCACGGCGCCGUUGGAAACCUCGGCCAAGAGUUUCGGGCCCUGCGUCCGUCUGUCUGGCGCUCUCCUCAGCGCUCAAACUAACUACUGGUGAAGAGUGCCCCGCGCAAGCUGGGGUAAGCUGUGGCCCCCAGCCUGAGAGGUACCCUCGAGCCGGCAUCAGCCCCGCGUUCGGCGGAGGGCCUUUGCACGCGGCGCCAUGCGGGUGAGUUUCUGCCAGGGCCUCCUGACGGGGGCCAUCGCGCUCAACCUGCUCAUCCUGUACUACGUGUCCCGCGCCCAGCAGCAGAUGAUGGAGAAGAGGCGGGACCCGGGGAAGGGCUCCCUGAAAAAGGCGGCCCUCCCCGUGUCGGGGCUAGGGGGCGCCGUGGGGCUGGCGGGCGGGGGCGUGGGGGCGGGAGGGCCCGGGGGCGGGGGCGGUAUCGGAAGUGGGCGGAGCCCCCGGGUGACGGUGCUGGUGCGGGACUUUGAGGACUUUGAGAACUACGUGGACGAGGUGGCCCGCUCCUUCCUGCGCCAGCGGCCCGACCUGCCCUUCCUGGCGGUGGCCGACGCCCCGCCCUACCCGCCGCUGGCGCUGCCCGAGGGGGCGCGGCUCCUGGUGCUGGCGCCCAGCCCCGAGCAGCCCCCGCAGGCCCACCGGCCCGAGUUCCACGUGCAGACGGAGUUCGUGCUGCUGGUGCCGGACGGCGUGGAGCUGGACCAGGGCCGGCAGCUGGAGCGGCUGGUCCGGGAGCUGGAGGGCGAGGGCGGCGGGCCCGUGCGGCUGGUGGCGGCGCCGGUGCUGGCCCGCUCGGCCGUCCAGUGCCUCCACCUGCGGGUCAGCCUGCGGGAGUGGACCGCCACCUACGCGCAGGCCGCCUCGGGGAGCAGCGGGAGCGUGUGCAGCGCCCUGCGGGGGGACGCCGUGGUGCUCGUCCGCACCGAGGACCUCUUCAACCUCUCCACCCCCCUGGCCCGCCCCCUGCAGGCCUCCCUCUUCGUCCAGACGUCCCUCCGCGGCUGGAAGGUCAAGCUCCUGGAGGGGCCGUCCUUCUCCGCCAGCCGCCGCCCCCUCUUCAGCUCCGCCCACAACCAGUGGAAGGCGGACUCCCGGCUGCGGGAGGCCACCGCCCGCCUGAUGCGCGACUUCGGCAUCAAGCGCCUCCUGCACCCCGACGGCAAGGAGCAGUGGUUCGGCUGCGGCAAGGAGACGCCCCGCUGCUUCGGGACGGUGCGCGACGACACCCCCGAGUACCUCUACCUGGACCGCUGGACCCCUCCCUGCUGCCUCCGCGCCCUGCGCGAGACCGCCAAGUACGUCAUCGGCAUCCUGGAGAGCUCGGGCGUGCGCUACUGGCUGGAGGGGGGCACCCUGCUGGGCGCGGCCCGCCACCAGGACGUCAUCCCCUGGGACUACGACGUGGACCUGGGCAUCUACCUGGAGGACGUGCCCAACUGCGACUACCUGAAGAACCUGGACGCCGGGUCGCUGGUGGACGCCAACGGCUACGUGUGGGAGCGGGCGGUGGAGGGCGACUUCUACCGGGUGCAGUACAGCGAGGCCAACCACCUGCACGUGGACCUGUGGCCCUUCUACCCGCGCAGCGGCGUCAUGACCAAGGACACCUGGACCGAGCACAAGCAGGACGUGGAGUUCCCCGAGCACUUCCUGCUGCCGCUGGUGCCCAUGCCCUUCGCCGGCAUCACCGCCUACGCCCCCAACAACCACCGGGCCUUCCUGGAGCUCAAGUUCGGCGAGGGCGUGGUCGAGAACCCGCAGUACCCCAACCCUGGCAAAAAGAGGCUGGACAGGAGCCGGCUGUGAGCGGGGCAGAGGUGGGCGUGGUCACGGGUGGAGCAGGGGAACGGCUUAACCAAGCUAGAGUCGAUACACUGGAGUGUUAGAAAGCCUCAUUACACCGACUGAUACGACUGCCUUGUAAAACUGAACUGAACCACUUAAAAGAUGAGAAACAAAACUGAUGUUAUUUAUUGGAUUUACGUGUCAAGAGCUUCUCUGCUCCACAGAUUAUUAUUUAAAGGAAGGCCCUGAGGGGGGGCAGAAGACUGAGUAAUAUGUUCUUCCCGCAAGCCGCAGAAAGAAGACAGGGUGGACGUGCGUCAGAAACAUCGCAGAGCCCCCGCUUCCACAAAGUGUCCCUCCACCUUCACAGACCUGCUCCCAUUGCAGCUGAGCUGUCACUGCUGCACCGAGCCCACGUAUCUUAUUGUAUGAACAAGUGAAGUACACUACCAUUCCGAUUAACUGUUGCAAUGCAGUGCUUCUAGCUUUGCACGAGAGUCAGGAUAGCUUCGGCUAACAGUAGAGAAUCAUAAACAGGUGAGCUCAUUUCAGUUCAGGACAAGUCUAUUAAUGAAUGGGAUUGUCCAAAAUAGACAUUUCAUUACAGAAUGGAGGUAGGGACUUUGGCCUGAAUUCUAGCAACAUUUAUUCUUGUCUUUGACACAAUCAGUGUUCAUCUUCUCAUUCAUACACACUCAAAGUCUGACAAGUUAAACAGUCACCAAAAGCUUUGGAAAAAAAAAUGGACGAUCACCAUAAUUUCUACGCAAGGUUGAAGGACUUCAGAUGUUAAAGAUGAGUCCAGAGUAGACCUAUGCUUGACUAGCCUGUCUUGUCUUCCUGUUUGUGUGUGGUUUGUCUGUACACUUGAACUAAUUAAAAAGGUGUAUACACUAAUAGACAGGUCUAGCUAGCUCACUUUAUCAAUGUGAAACAUAAAACUUGUGUUACUACUGAGAAACAGUGUAGACAGUGUGUGUUUGUGUGUGUGCUGCACAGUUUCACUUUAUUAUUUUUUAUAUGUUGCACAAACCUGUGAUACUAUACGGUAUGGAAUAAAGUGUCAAUUUUACAGUGAACCAAUGGCACUAAAGAAAGGUAUGAGGUACUGUUGGACACUGCUUCCAUCUUUUCAAAGAGUGAAAAGAGAAAUGAAGAAACCCAGGGCACUUCUGUCUUUCCUUCAUGUUGUGGUAGCAUGUCCAUGAAGACUUGCAUUCUAUCAUUGUGUAAAAGGAAGAUAAAACAAUUUUUUUUAAAGAAAACUACAAUCAAAAUAAAACAUAAGACGUGCCACUAUA